AAUUCCUUGAAUAAAUUCUGAAAAAAGAAGUGUUUUUAUUGGUUGAUAAUUUAGAGUGAUAAAAAGAAUAAAAAUUGAAGUGUAAUUACGUGUAAUGUUUGUAUACAUACAUAUACUAUGCCUAUAUUCUGACAAUGUGUGUGCGUAGACGGUUGGAGUCUUAUCUUAAAAAAUGGAGCUAAAUAGAUGAUUAUGUUAAUGAAUAAAGUGUUGAUGAUUUUUAUAAAUUUUUGAGUUCAUUGUUAUGGAAAUUUUUUUGAAUACUUACAUUGUUUAAACUUUGUUUAUUGUAAAUAUGUCCACUGAAUCUAUUUCAGUGAGGUUAGAAAAUGAGUCGUCACCUUUAUUACCACAGCCGAAAAAAAUGGCCCCAUCAAAAAUUAAACUCGGAAUUAUUUUUGGAGUUGCUAUUGUUUCCAUUUGCGCGGGGAUAACUGUUGGUGUUUUAUGGGAGUCUAUUAUUAAUAAAAUAAUUGUAAAAGAACUGUCUUUGACACAAACAUCAGAAAAAUAUACCAUGUGGAAAGAAACACCUAUACCUAUGUACUUAGAAGUUUAUCUGUUUAAUUGGACAAACCCCCAAGAUUUUUCGGUAUAUUCAAAAGUAAAACCCCACUUCAAUGAAAUGGGUCCUUAUGUCUUUAGCGAAGUUGAUUAUAAAAUUAACCAAGUUUGGAAUGAUAAUGAAACGAUAACAUUCCAACAGAAACGUGUCUGGCAUUUCAUUGCAUCUAAAUCGAAUGGGUCUUUAAGUGAUAAAAUAACAAAUAUAAAUCCAGUAGCUGCCUCCAUAGGAUAUAAAUUACGGUUCAAAGGACUUUUUGCCCUACUUGCAGUCAAUAGUGUUUUAAAAAUAUUAAACGAAUCACGAACAGUUACCAAGACAGUAGGUGAAUUAUUAUUCGAUGGGUACGAUGAUAAAUUAUUGGAAUUAGUUCAUAAACUUAAUGUCACUAAGGAUUUACCGUUCUCUAAAUUCGGUUGGUUUUACAACCGAAAUAAUUCCGAGACUUACGACGGAACUUUCAACAUGCUGACAGGCGCUACAGGGCUAUGGGAUACAGGAAUACUCCAGGAGUGGAAUUACAGUGAUAAAUCAAAAAAUUUUAAAAAAGAAUGCGGGUUUAUCAAUGGCACCUUAGGCGAUGCAUGGCCUACAGUUGCUGAAAAUUCUUCAGUUAACAUUUUCGCGCCUGACGUCUGUACACUUCUUAAUCUAAAUUUUAGCAAGGAAGAAGACCAUGAAGGCUUGAUAGGAAAAAAAUAUGUAUCUACAUCGACGAUGCUGGACAACGGUACCAAAGUACCCUCACGCGCUUGCUAUUGUCAGGAUGUUGAGUGUCAACCCAGCGGAACGCUUAAUGUAUCAUCGUGUAAAUUUGGCGCUCCAGCGUUUAUCAGUUUACCGCAUUUUUAUCUUGCUGAUCCGAGUUAUCUGGAUGCCGUCGACGGUUUAUCGCCAUCGAGAAACAAACAUGAGUUCUCUAUGCUUGUUGAACCAAACUUUGGAGUUCCGUUAAGAGUUAACGCGCGUUUACAACUUAAUUUGUUGAUUCAACCCAUAAAACAUUUAUCAUUAUACACAAAUAUACCACGAAUUUAUAUGCCAAUUUUGUGGUUUAAGCAAGAGGCUAAUUUGACAGCUAAUUAUGCGAGACAAGUAAAGUUCAUUGCAACUCUUCCAUUGUUGGGUCACGUAACUUUUUACGGAAUCGCAUGCAUUGGAAUUUUAUUAAUGUUCGUGGGAAUUGGAGUUUAUCUCAAAAAGUUCAGAAAUUCAGACGACAAUCAACGGCUGAUUCCAAAAACAGAUGUCAAUUCUUCGACGAUUAAUUCAUGAAUAUAUUUUAAUUUUUCAGAUAGUUUUAAGUAAAAGAGAAAUGAUUAAUCAUAUUUUUUAGGAUAAAUUGUAAGUUUUAAAUGUUGAGUAUUCAAUAGGGUGAUUCAAAAAAAAAGAA